AUGGGCGCCCCAAAUCGAGUACAAACCCCGAGCGUGCAGUCGUCAUGGAGUGCUGCCUCCGACCGCCAGCUGGGAUACGGCAGCCAGACUGGUCAGUCUGACCGCGUGUUUCCCAUCCGCUCCGUCAUCAGUGUCGAACCUCCCACCAGAUCCUCUACAGACCAAGAAUACUUCCCACGCAUGUCGGCGGAUAGCAGCGAUCUAUCGGGGUUCAGCAGACCAUCUCAGUCACGGCGUGAUCACGAGGCCCAGGCAGGCCGUCACGGGGGCCCCAAGAGCGACUCUGUGCUCUCUCCGUUGGCAGUCACGUCUCCACCAGUCACGGCCCCGUCAGGGACGAGGCGGAGGAAGAGCACUACGACAGGAGCCAGGUCAAGCGUUCAGGCUGAUGCUGAGCGCCAGGGCUCCCAGCCUUUAUCUAUUUUCGCCAACGACGCCACGUCGGAUGACGAGGACAAGGAAUCGGACGGUACUGGAGAACCUCGCUCCGAACACUUCAGUUCAUCGGGACGGGAAUCAGCCGGUAUCUCAGAAAGUGUACUGGAUGGGCUCACCACGACACGUUUUAAGCACGUCAUGACCGACGACGGCCACCUGGUUAUUACUGGAACGGAUGGUACCCUACAGCGAUGCGAAGACGAGCCGAUCCAUACGCCGGGCGCUGUGCAGAGUUUUGGCCUGUUGCUGGCUAUCCGCGAGGAACCGGACGGCCGCUUCACAGUGCGGUAUGCAAGUGAAAACUCGAAGCGUAUAAUAGGAUACUCACCCAUGGAAUUGUUCCGAUUGAGCAAUUUCACGGAUGUCCUGACCGAAGAACAAGCGGAUAAUCUUCUGGACCACAUCGACUUCAUACGAGACGAGGACGCUGAUCCUGCGAUUAAUGGGCCCGAAGUGUUCAGCAUGUCUAUACGGCCACCGAAGAAGAGAACUGUCAAGCUUUGGUGUGCCAUUCACGUGCACCCAGCACACCCAGAUCUGGUUAUUUGCGAAUUUGAGCUCGAUGAUGAUCAUGAGUUUCCCUUACGACCUGAUGACGAACGUACGCCAGAUGUCCCAGAGGACACCCUCCGUGGCAAUCCGACGAUGGAAGAGCUGGCCGACAGCACGGAGAUCUCGAGUAAACCGCUUAGGGUACUCAGAAGUGCUCGCAAGCGCCGGGGGGAGGCUGGUGCCAUGCAGGUCUUCGACAUCAUGUCCCAGGUCCAGGAUCAACUGGCUUCUGCGCCGAACCUCGAUCGUUUCCUGAAGAUCCUCGUUGGAAUUGUGAAAGAGCUGACAGGGUUUCACCGUGUCAUGAUAUAUCAGUUCGACGCAUCUUUCAAUGGCAAGGUCGUAACGGAGCUCGUAGACCCGACGCAUACGCGGGAUCUCUACAAAGGUCUUCAUUUCCCUGCCUCGGACAUACCUAAACAGGCCAGAGAUCUCUACAAGCUCAACAAAGUGCGGUUGCUAUACGACAGAGACCAGGAGACGGCGCGGCUGGUAUGCCGGUCCAAGGAGGACCUUGAGGUGCCCCUGGACAUGACCCAUUCUUAUCUUCGAGCCAUGUCCCCAAUUCACCUGAAGUAUCUCGGCAACAUGGCUGUCCGCUCCUCCAUGUCGAUCUCGAUCAACGCCUUCAACGAGCUCUGGGGUUUGAUAGCGUGCCACUCGUACGGAUCGAAGGGCAUGCGUGUGUCGUUCCCGAUCAGAAAGAUGUGUCGACUCGUUGGCGAUACCGUCUCGAGGAAUAUUGAGCGUCUUUCAUACGCCUCCAGGCUGCAGGCGCGAAAGCUCAUCAAUACCGUCCCUACAGACAAGAACCCUUCGGGCUACAUCAUCGCCUCCUCGGACGACUUGUUAAAGCUCUUCGAUGCCGACUUUGGCAUGCUAUCUAUCAAAGGAGAGACCAAGAUUAUGGGCAAGGUCGAGCACUCGCAAGAGGCCCUGGCCAUGCUUGAAUAUCUCAGGCUCAGGAAGUUCACGUCGGUGUUGACGACACAGGACGUUAAGUCUGACUUCCCAGAUCUCCGCUACCCGCCAGGCUUUCACUACGUUGCUGGACUCCUCUACGUCCCCCUGAGUGUCGGCGGCCACGAUUUCAUUGUGUUUUUCCGGAAGGGCCAGGUUCGAGAGGUGAAGUGGGCCGGCAACCCUUACGAAAAGGUUGUUCAGGAGGGCACGCAGAACUACCUUGAGCCUAGAAAGAGUUUUCAAGUAUGGCACGAGACCGUGCUAGGCAAAUGUCGAGAAUGGUCUGAAGAACAGAUCGAGACGGCAGCGGUACUCUGUCUGGUGUACGGCAAAUUCAUCGAAGUUUGGAGACAAAAGGAGGCUGCCCUGCAGAACAGCCGACUGACGAGGCUCCUCUUGGCCAAUUCCGCGCAUGAAGUUCGGACACCCCUCAACGCCAUCAUCAAUUACCUUGAAAUAGCGCUCGAGGGCAGUCUGGACCAGGAAACGAGAGAUAACUUGUCUAGGUCACACUCGGCUUCCAAAUCGCUCAUCUACGUGAUUAACGAUCUCCUCGAUUUGACGAUGACUGAAGAGGGCAACGAUUUGGUCAAGGACGAGAUCUUCGACCUCCAGGCAUGUAUCAAUGAGGCCACGGAUCCCUUCAAGAAGGACGCCUCGAGGAAGGGCAUUGGCUACGAGGUGUUCGAGCAUCCUGGAUUACCGCAAUUCGUGUAUGGUGAUCAGAGGAAAGUCCGUCAGGCUAUUGCGAAUGUGACUGCCAAUGCUGUAGAGCAUACGUCAACGGGGAGUGUCAGGGUCGAAUACUAUUGUGCCUCUGUUGAGGGUCAAAAGAUUCGCGUCGAGAUCGUUGUGGAAGACACGGGUCGUGGAAUGAGCGAUGCCAAACUGGACGCUCUGUUCCGCGAUUUAGAACAAGUCUCCACCGAUGCGGAUGAGGGGAAUACUGACGAAGCCCUGGAGAGGUCUCAAGAGGAUGUGAAGACCCUAGGCCUUGGUCUUGCCGUUGUCUCCAGAAUCAUCCGAAACAUGGACGGUCAGCUGCGGCUCAAGUCAGAGGAUGGAAAGGGAUCGCGAUUCGUCAUACAGCUGCCUUUCGAGAUGCCACCCCAAGACUCACCAGCCGUCGCUAGUAACGUCGAGCAGGGGGAGCCUUCAGUGACGACACCUUCAAUUGCUUCUGUGCCCAAAACCAUGCCGGCUGUACGCGAAGGCGAGUUGAUGCUUAUCGACCGUGGUCCUGGCGCUUUGCCUAGCGCCACCAAACAGACCCUCAGUCACAGCCGUAGCUUUGACGAGAGCAUCAGCGCCAGCAGUCUCCACAGCGUGACAAGCCUGGGUAGUGGGGUCAGCAACAAGAGCGAUGCCGACAGGCUCAUCGAUGCGAUCCAAACCACUCUGAGUCUUGGAGAGCCCGAAUCCGAGGCGGUGAGAAACCAAAGACGCAACUCCAAGGGAGCUUACUACCGCUCGGCACCUAAAUUCUCCACGUCACGGUCCCUUAGUCCAUCGGACCGCUCCUUUGAGAGGCCUACUACCCUGUUGAGGUCUGUGUCGUCUCCGGGCAAAGGCAAAGAUGUACAGGUCGAGCCCUCAAGACCCGUGGGUAUGGAAUUUGUGACCGAUGUGAAAAUGCCCAUCAGGCCGGUGAAGGUCCCAGACGAUUACAAGGAUCAACCAGAAGGACCUGCACAAUCUAGCCAGACCUCUGGUGUCGUAUUUGAGGUCGGAGACAGCCCACUACCGCCUGCAUCAGAAGCUACGACAGUGGACGGCAGAGUUCAGCUGUCCGGCAAACCAGGCUCAGCCAAGCUACAAGUUCUCGUGGCCGAAGACGAUCCCGUUAAUAUGAAGAUUCUAAGGAAACGGUUAGAGAAGGCCGGGCAUACGGUCUAUCACACGGUGAACGGCGAGGACUGUGCGGCAGCAUACAAAGAGAGUGACGGGAAAUUCGAUGUUGUCUUAAUGGACAUGCAGAUGCCCAUCGUGGACGGACGUCGCAGUACCGAAAUGAUCCGAGCAAUCGAGACCGCUGGCGAGCAUCACAAGCUAUCUGCUCUUGCAUCGAAUCACGGCAGGAUACCGGUCUUCGCCGUGUCUGCCUCGCUCGUCGAACGUGAGAAGGACACAUAUAUGACUGCUGGGUUCGAUGGCUGGAUCCUUAAGCCUAUCGAUUUCAAGAGACUGGAGUAUAUUCUCUUUGGCAUUAUCGAUGACGAUGCGCGAAACGAUGCUGUCUAUGUGGCAGGCCAAUGGGAACGCGGUGGCUGGUUCAGAAAGAGGCUGGAGCUGCCCCCCACGGAGAAAGCCAAGAACGCACCGUCGCUCCGCGACGUUGAUCUAAAAGGCAACGAGAUUAAUGCUGCGCGGGAGAGCAUGAUUUAG